CCGUCCGUGCAGACACCUGCUGCUGCAGCGCCGCGGCUCCGCACAUGGAAAAACCCCGGACCUCCGCCAACAUGUGACAUUUUCUGUCUCCCAGGGAAACGCGAAGGGGUCACGAGCCAGAAAGAGACAGGUGUAGUGUGAAAGGUGUGUGCUGUGCCCCCCGACCCGACCCGACCCCCCCUCCACCCCACACAAACCCAGCAUGGGUCCAGUUUGGCUUCUCCUUCUCGCGCUCCCGCCUCUCCUCAGAGCGCAGGUGACUCCAGACUUGAUCUCAGGAGCUUCGGAGGCGCAGAACAGCACAGACUCUCCGCUGAACGUCACAGGAACGUCAGAUGUUGCCUCCCCCAGUCCCUCCAGCCCCUCUGAGCCUCCUGGACUCACUCCAACGCCUUCAGAGGCCCCUGCAGAGGAGGAGGACUGGUCCCCGGCAGAGAUGUUUCUGUACAGCGGCGACCCCGUAGCCCUGAGGGCGGGGGAGUGCUCCCGGGCGUACAGCCUCCCGGGGCUGGCCGGGCCCCUGCCGGAGGCCUUCCGCUGGCCCCUCCGGCCGACUCUGGACGCCCUCGCCAACUCGGCCAACUUUCUCAACAUGAUUUUCCAGGCCAGCGACCUGCGGGAGAGCAGCGUGCAGGAGGACAUGGAGUGGUACCACGGCCUCGUGCGCGCCCUCAUGGAGGCCGACGCGCUCAUCGAACAGGCCCUGCUCACCUUCGACGCCGACCCGGCCGCCCCGGUGCCCCAGCUGGUGCUCCGCGCCAGCCGGAAGCCCACGCCCAAGGUGAAGGCCAUCGUGCUGCAGGACCUGUCCAAGGCCUGGGAGAGCCUGCACGCGCCGGCGCCGGCGCCCGACGACAGCUGGUUCAGCAGCUUCAAAUUCCCCCAGUCCAACCAGCCGAUGGCCGCCCUGUCCAAGAGGGUGCUCCUCAACGACCUCAGGACCCUGGACACGCCCAAGUGGAGGCAGGGGGACAGCUACGUGACCAAUCACAGCGGGGUGCGCUGGGCCAACGCCCCCUUCCUGGACUGUAAGGACGGACGCUUCCUGCCCGCCUGGAUGCUCACGCUGUCCACCUCCUUCUACGGCCUCAAGCCUGACCUCACCCCCGAGUUCAGGGGUGUGAUCCGUGUGGACGUCAACAUUCAGAGCUUCGACGUGGACCAGUGUGCGACAGGAGACGGCUGGUUCGCCAACACACACCAAUGUAACCGCACCACCAUGGAGUGCGAGCCAAUCCCAGGCCAGGGCUUUCGACUGGGCCAGUACUGCUGCCGCUGCAAGGAGGGCUACUACAGCCCGCCGCCAGCCACCCAGGACUCUGAUGGCGGCUCUGCGAACAGGAGCGCCGGCGGGACUAUGUGCUACCCGGCUCUGCCCAUCUGUCUCCCCUGCUGGCCGGGCUGCAAGAGCUGCCAGGACGGCGCCCCCUGCAGGGUGCAGGAGGACUGGAUACUGCGGUCUGGGGUGCUGGCCAUCCAGGGCGUCUUCAUGCUCAUGGUGUUCGUCAGCAUGCUGGCGGCCUACCGGCACCGCCGGAGCCGGAGGAUCCGAGCGUCGGGCCUCCUGCUGCUGGAGACGAUCCUGUUCGGCUCCAUGCUCCUCUACUUCCCGGUCUUCAUCCUGUACUUCAGGCCCAGUAUCUUCAGGUGCAUUGUGCUGCGCUGGGUUCGCAUGCUGGGCUUCUCCAUCGUCUACGGCACAGUGACGCUCAAGCUGUACCGGGUGCUGAAGGUCUUCCUGUCCCGUACCGCCCAGAGAGUCCCUUACAUGUCCAGUCUGCACUUGCUGAGGAUUUUGGGAGUGAUGCUGGUCGCAGUUGUCUGGUUUCUGUGCGCGUGGACGGUGGGUGUUCUGCAGAACCGCGAGCGCAACAUCCCGGUGCUCAUCACGUCCAAAACAUCAGACGGGCAGGGGUUCAGCCUGUGCUACCUGGACCGCUGGGACCACAUGAUGGCUGUGGCCGAGCUACUGUUCCUGUGCUGGGGCAUUUCCCUGUGCAGCGGCGUCAGGCCAGUUCCUUCGGCCUUCCACGAGCCACGCUACAUGGGCAUCUCCAUCCACAACGAGCUGCUGCUGUCCUCCAUGUUCCACCUGCUCCGGUUUUCAUUUCCCUCUCUCCAUCCUGACUGGAUGUUGCUACUCUUCUUCACACAUACUCAUGCCACCAUCAGUGUUACGCUUGCGCUGCUCUUUCUUCCCAAGUUUCUUCAUGUGUCAAAGUCGGGUAGAGAGGAGAUUGCAGCAGAGGUGUAUGAAGAUGAAGUGGACCUUCGGCGUUCUGGCUCAUACCUCAACAGCAGUUUUCAAUCUGCUUGGAGUGACUACAGUUUGGACCCGGAGGACAUUCGGGAUGAACUGAAGAAGUUAUAUGCCCAGCUGGAAGUCAACAAGACCAAGAAGAUGACCACAAACAACCCUCAUCUGUCAAAGAAGCGAAGUUCUCGGCGUGGAUUGGGCAAGUCUAUUAUUAAACGCAUUGCUGAGAUCCCAGAGACGAUGAGCCGCCAGUGCAGUCGUGAGGAGAAAGAUGCUUCCAUCCGUAGUAAAAUUACAAAUCAAUCGGGAUCUUUUAGGACGGGCUCAGAUUCAGUUAGUAUCAGUUAUAAAGGAUCAAUACAUACACCUUCACCAGUGAUGCGUAAAUCACAAAGUGACCAUGAAUAUAUGAGGGAAAGGGACCCUUCUCGACGUGGCUCUAUGUUGAAUGCCAACAUGGCUAAGAGAGCCUCUCAGCGAUCGGAGACAAAUUCUCUGGACAUUCCACCAGGGGUCUGUAAGUCAGCCAGCGCCCAAAAUCUGACAAUUGAUAACAAUCUGCUGCAUCCUGAUCACACUAAGCUUCAUAAGUCCCGGAGUCUCACACCCACUCCCACCCGUACUAUGGACACACUCAAGGUUAACAGAGCCAGCUCAGUGGUGUCAAGGUCCAAGCAGAACAUCACGAUCAAUGACAUCAAGGACCAAACCACAAACGCUCUGCGGUCACAGUCAUCUGAUCGGGCUAAGGUCUGUUCUGUGGAGGCAGAGCAAGAACGGUCUGUGGACAAGAAUCAGAAGCAUGUUACCUAUGCUACUUCUGACGAUGAAGUAAUGUCACAACCAAAAAGCCCAGACAGUGUAAGGUCAUCAAAGUAUGUCUGUCCCUGGGAUCAUUUACCACCACCACCACCACCACCACCACCACCUCCUCCUGAGGAGGAACCAGCAGAGGUAGAAUGUGAGUCUCCCAAACCACAGGCUCCCGUCUCUGCAAGUGCACCAGUCACUCCAAAACUGAAGGUGACAAAGGACCAGCGAGUCUUCUCAUUCCGCACAACAUCUCACAAGUGGCUCUCUGUGAAAGCAUUUGUUGGAUCUGUGGAUAAAUCCGGUAAGGAAGGGGGUUUGAAAUUAAAGAAAGAGGAAUCACUUUCACAUAAAAGCCAGGAGAGUGGAGGAGCUACUUCCGCAUGGUCAGCACUAUCAAGUAGAAACCCAAGUUUUGAAAGGAAGACACUGAAGAAAAGAAGUUUGACUACAGCAGAGGGGAAACCAUGUCUUGUGAAGCAGAAAGCAGUCAGAAUGUCCUCUGGGGAUUCUUCAGAGAGAAGCCCAAGAAGGCUUGUGAUUAUGAAGUCUGCUGUCUAUCCUUGGGACACAGAGGAAAUGCAAAAAGAUAAUACCUAUGAAAAUGUAUAUAUAUCAAGGCAAAACAGCAAACGUAGUAGUAUAAGUUCUUGGGAAACUGUUGGCACCAGUUCUAGAACUCCUUCAACCCGCAGCAUAGGCAGCAGAGGACUUACCCCAACUCGUAAUGUGCCUCAUGCAGAUGUAUGGGAAGGACCAGGUUCUCUCCUGCAAGGAAAAGGAGUUCAGAGGCAGCCGAGCACCAUAGCCACAAUCUGCCCUUGGGAAGUUCAGGAAGCACAGGUAGCUGAACAUGACCGCGUGUGUCCCUGGGAAUCCCAGGAGCCUGGGCUUUUGAGAAGAAAAGAAAGUGGUCACUCUGGUGUAUGUCCUUGGGAAUCACAAGAUAUCCCUACUACUCCUACUGUCACAGUAGCCAAACUGAUACAGCAGAGGCAACAGAAUUUAAGCCGUGCAGGAGACAUAUGUCCCUGGGAGUCUGUGGAAAACCCACAGCCUUCACAGAGACAAGAUGACAGAAAGGCUAAUGUUUGUCCUUGGGAGGUUGAGGACAAGCCUCAAGUUAUAUAUGAAAAUCUAAAUCCUGUAGAGAAAAAGGGGACACUGAGGGUACCCUUACGACAAGAUACUAUGAAACCUAUCAUCUAUUCCAGCAUGUCAGAAGACAAGUCAACUGAUGGGAAACAGCUCUUGCGAAAACAAAGCAUUGCACAACUUACAAUUGAUGUUUUAAAAUUAACUGCCCAACAUUCAGCCAACCAAGCAUCCAAGACAGCAGAGAGUUGCCCAUGGGAUUUCCCUGAGCCCUCUAAAACCGUCGCUGACAUUUGUCCUUGGGAGGAGGGGAACACGGAGCCGUCUGUGACUAAAACAACUACAGAGGGGACAGACAACACAAGAAUAAACAUUUGUCCUUGGGAAACUGAGCAACCUAAAACACCUGCAGCUACAGAGACUAAUGUGUCAAAAGGACAGGAACAAAUAAAAAGACAAGAUGGUGUUAAGGCAAAUGUGUGUCCGUGGGAAACUGAGGAGCCAGAAACUGGGAAAAUGCAGGCCCCCACAAGGUCAGCGAGUCUUGAAAAGCAAGAUACAGUUCGGGAAAAUGUCUGUCCGUGGGAGACUGGAGAACCAAAAGUUCUCAAAAAGCAAGACAGCGGCCGAGCAGAUGUUUGUCCGUGGGAGACAGAAGAACCAAAAGUUCUCAAAAGGCAAGACAGUGGUCGAGCAGAUGUUUGUCCGUGGGAGACUGGAGAACCAAAAGUUCUCAAAAAGCAAGACAGCGGUAAAGCUUCUGUUUGUCCGUGGGAGACAGAAGAACCAAAAGUUCUCAAACGGCAAGACAGUGGUCAAGCUUCUGUUUGUCCGUGGGAGACAGAAGAACCAAAAGUUCUCAAACGGCAAGACAGCGGUCGAGCUUCUGUUUGUCCGUGGGAGACAGAAGAACCAAAAGUUCUCAAACGGCAAGACAGCGGUCGAGCUUCUGUUUGUCCGUGGGAGACAGAAGAACCAAAAGUUCUCAAAAGGCAAGACAGCGGUCGAGCUUCUGUUUGUCCGUGGGAGACAGAAGAACCAGAAACUGGGAAAAUGCAGGCCCCCACAAGGUCACCGAGUCUUGAAAAGCAAGAUACAGUUCGGGAAAAUGUCUGUCCGUGGGAGACUGGAGAACCAAAAGUUCUCAAAAAGCAAGACAGCGACAGAGCUUCUGUUUGUCCGUGGGAGACAGAGGAACCAAAAGUUCUCAAAAAGCAAGACAGCGACAGAGCUUCUGUUUGUCCGUGGGAGACAGAGGAACCAAAAGUUCUCAAAAAGCAAGACAGCGACAGAGCUUCUGUUUGUCCGUGGGAGACAGAGGAACCAAAAGUUCUCAAAAAGCAAGACAGCGACAGAGCUUCUGUUUGUCCGUGGGAGACAGAGGAACCAAAAGUUCUCAAAAAGCAAGACAGCGACCGAGGUUCUGUCUGUCCAUGGGAGACAGAAGACCCAAAAGCUGUGAAAAAGGAAGACGGUGGCCGAGGUUCUGUCUGUCCAUGGGAGACUGAAGACCCAAAAGCUGUGAAACAGGAAGACGGUGGCCGAGCAGAUGUCUGUCCAUGGGAGACUGCAGACCCAAAAGCUGUGAAACAGGAAGACAGUGGCCGAGCAGAUGUCUGUCCAUGGGAGACUGAAGACCCAAAAGCUGUGAAAAAGGAAGAUGGCGGUCGAGCAGAUGUGUGUCCAUGGGAUACAGAAGGCCCAGAAGCUGUCAAAAAGCAUGAGAGCACUGUAGUAGUAGAUGUUUGUCCCUGGGAGUCUACAGACCCACAAAAUCCAACCGAAAGCAAGCUUGAGAUUCCCAACAGUGACAAAGAUGAGGUUACGGUUAACCAGGGACCAUUCUGUGAUGAAGAAAUACCCCCAGAGAGCGACAUGUUGCACUCAGAUCAGUCUAAAUCAAACUUGCCCCUGGGCCGGCGUGAUGCUUUGUGUCCGUGGAACGUGGAAAUGACCAGAUCUGGUUCAUUCACAGACACCGGCUCAGAUGUUUUUACCUGGGAACCUGAGAAUAUUCCUGAGGAAGAUGAAGACGAAGCUGAUGCUGAAUGUGCUGCUGAGGCCUUUAUAUUCCCACCUGACUUGUGAGCUGAAACUAGCCACCAUUUACUUUCAACAGGUUGCUUGACCCAUCCCACUAAAUCAUGGGGAAGUGUGGACUCCCCUUUCUUUUUCCCCGUAUGGAGAAAAAGUAAUGGUGUUAUCCUGUAAUUAAUUUCCCCACUCACAAGAACUUUGGAGUGCAGGGUGAACUACAGAACAGUGUCCUUAAAGCUGGUAGGGAUUCAGCAUCCUGCUCAAAGACAUUCCUACUGGACAAAUGCUUUGGGUAAUGCAAGCUUGAUCGUGGGCCGUCUUAUUACAGUUCAGACUCUCUACCCGCUUGGCCACACUGCUGUCCCUCUAAGAUUCCUAAUGUUGGGGCUUGGUGAAAAGGACAUGAAAACUCUGCAAACCUCAGUGAAGACAGGUUUCUUUAGACUGAAGCACAUAUUGCAGACUCAUAAACUGGUAUUCCUUGACUCACUGAGGUGCAUCUACCCUAUCGUUCUGGAUCAGAGAUGGCAUUUAGAUGAAGUCCCUUUUAUUCCUGCUUCCACUCCCAUUUUGAAUUAAAAGUGUUUUCUGUGUCUUUGUAUGUUUUUAAGUGACAAUGCACGUCUUUACCACUUAUGUUGGAUUCAUGGAUGAAGGCGAAUACGUUCCAGUGUGUCAUAAAAACCUGAACUUAAUAAAGCAGUCUACGAUGCUAAACCCACAGGGAAAUAAAGCACAGGGCAGGUCAGACGCAACUGUGAGCAUAACCAGCAUUAAUGAAAUGAACUUGUUUAACUGUUGUAGGCUUGUAAUAUAUAUCUGAAAUAUAAUUUUGUUUAAGUGUGUAAAACUGAUUUUCAAAAUACAGGAAGGUGUAUGUGUGAAACAGUGCUGCCAAGACUACAAUGGAUGUCAAAUUAUAUAUCAGUCAAGUAUUAAGGAUUGAUACAACUAUGCAUAUCAGCUUACAUGAGUAAUUACAGGACUAAAUACCACACUCAAUAACUGCUCUCAAAUGUCUCCCUUUUGAUUCUAUCGAGAUGUGUUAAAUACUGUAUCUUUAAUUUUUUUAAAAAUCAUGAAAACAUGCAGUAUUUUUAAUUAUAUUAUGCAAUUAUCAUUAUGGAAAAAAAAUCCAUGUUUCUGCAAAAUAGUGCAGGAAACUUAGACAAAGUUCAAUAAGGAUGCCAAAAAUGAUCCUAUAUAAAUCACCAUUAACUCAUACUGUUAUCCUUCAAAUUACCUCAGAGGAGAAAAAAACAGUACAUAAUUUUUGUUUACCUAAACAUUUUCAAAGUGCUGUCACUGCUUCUCAUUUAUCUACAUGCAAUGCACAGGACUUUGUUUUUUUUCAUACACUUGAAAAGGGGGAAUGAGAUUAGCAAAUGCUGAAUUCAGAAACAUAAUUGUAAGCUAAGUAAACCACAAUUAAAUUGAUAUCUGUUAAAUAUUUUGUGUCAUAAUUCGUGCAAGGAGAGCAAAGUAGAUGUGGUUCAAACUGUGAAAUGUUUGAUUUUGCGACACAGUGGCACAUGAUGUGGCCAAACAAUUCAAUUUCCAAACGAUAAAGGGGAGUAAAAUUAACCUUCUCAUAUACACGUGUUUUUAUUCUAAAAUGCAAUCAAUUGUUAGACAAAUACAGAUUAAUUGUAUAUUCAGAAAUCACACCUUAAUAUUGCUGAUAUUGAACUUACUCUUUAAUGUCAAUCAUUCUUUCCAGCUAGGUGUCAUUAUUAUUAUCAUUAUUAUUAUUAUUAUUAUUAUUUAACAGUGGAUAUUUCAUCUUGGGCCAAAACUCUUACACAGAGGCAUUUGUUGGCUUGCUAACCCUCAGUUUGUGCAGUGAUCUCAUUGAUGUGCACUGCCUAAAGCUUUUUGUCGAUGGAGUGAUCUAGCUUUGUGAGCAUUUUUGCAUGUUGUGUUUUUUGAAUGAACGUGCUGUACUUUGUUGUCAAGUACAAAAACCCAGUGUCAGCAUUGUUGUGAGGCAUUGAUUUAUUAACUU